AUGGUCGAGUCAACACACCUAUACGAUGUGCUCGGCGUGGCACCCGAUGCCUCGUCGGCCGACAUCAAGAAGGCUUACCGCAAGCAAUCCCUGGCGAAUCAUCCGGACAAGAACCCAGAGAUCGAUCCCGCAGUAGCCAACGAGAAGUUCGCCGAGAUCAACCAUGCAUAUGAGACCCUCUCCGAUCCGGACUCGAGAGCGGCUUACGAUAGAUACGGCGACGAUGGCCCAGGUGGGCCAGGAGGCCCUGGCGGGAUGCCACCAGACAUGGACGACUUCCUCGCGAGCAUGUUUGGCGGCGGCAUGGGCAUGGGCGGUAUGAGUGGGAUGGGCGGCAUGCCUCGUGGGCGUCGACCUCGUCGAACAAAGGGCGAAGAUGCAGUCAUCGAGUAUGCUGUGACCCUGGCUGACCUGUACAAGGGCAAGACGGCACAUUUCAACCUUACCAAAAACGUCAUCUGCACCCAGUGCCAGGGGUCGGGUGCCAAACCAGGGCUCAGCGAGAAGGAGUGCGUCACGUGCUCCGGCAAAGGCUCUGUCCUGCAACAACGCAGUAUGGGCAAUGGCAUGAUCUCGCAGUCGUACGUCGAGUGCGCAGACUGCCGCGGCGAGGGCAAGAAGGUCCGCGACAAGGACCGAUGCAAGAAGUGCAAGGGCGACAAGACCACCAAGGCAAAGGCGAAGCUCGACGUCGAGAUUGAGAAGGGCAUGAUCGAUGGGCAACGGAUCGUCUUCAAGGAGGCUGCAGACCAGGAGCCAGGUGUCAAGGCAGGAGAUAUCCUGAUCGAGCUCAAGAUGCAAAAGGACGAUGCGUUCGAGGUCAAGGGUCUGGAUCUUCUGACGACCGUCCGAUUGACACUGGUGGAAGCAUUGCUCGGCUUCUCAAGGACAGUCUUGACACACCUGGACGGCAGACAUAUCAAAGUGACUCGCUCAAAGAUCACUCGACCGGGCGACGUAGAGGUGAUCAAGGGCGAGGGCAUGCCCCAGUACCGCGAUCGCAACCAGACCAAGGGAGAUCUGUAUAUCCGAUGGGAGGUCGACUUUCCUACCGAUGCACAGCUCGGAGCAGAUCCGGCUGUCAGGCAAGCGCUUCAGAACGCAUUGCCACCACCAAGACCCGACCUCGAGACAUCAUCCGAAACAAUCGAGGACCAGGUCGAGCCCUCCUCAGCUAAGAUCGAGCAGUUUGGCAGCAAUCGCGCGCGCAUCCCCGGCCAAGGGCAUAUGGACGACGACGGAUGGGAGGACUAUGACGAUAUGGGAGGACAAGGACCUGGAAUGCAGUGCGCACCUCAAUAG